GCGCAGAAGCUUGUGGCGUCAAAGAGCCAGCCGUGUCCAUGGAGCGAGGCUGAGGGGUCACGCUCCGGCCGGAGGCUGCGGGCGCCGCGCCGUGACCAUGUCGGCGUCGUUGGUCCGCGCCACCGUGCGGGCCGUGAGCAAGAGGAAGCUGCAGCCCACGCGAGCGGCGCUCACGCUGACCCCCUCAGCUGUGAACAAGAUAAAACAACUUCUUAAAGACAAGCCAGAGCAUGUGGGUCUGAAAGUUGGCGUGCGAACCAGGGGCUGUAAUGGCCUCUCUUACACCCUGGAGUAUUCAAAGACAAAAGGAGAUUCUGAUGAAGAAGUUAUUCAAGAUGGAGUCAGAGUGUUCAUCGAAAAGAAAGCACAGUUAACACUUUUAGGAACAGAAAUGGACUAUGUGGAGGACAAACUGUCCAGUGAGUUUGUUUUCAAUAACCCCAACAUCAAAGGAACUUGUGGCUGUGGUGAAAGCUUUAACAUUUGAAACCUCAGGACUCCAAGCUCCGGGAGAGCCGGGAUCUACCUGGGAGCUUACUGAAGAAAUCAUGUGACUGUCAUGUUUCAGAGUUUAUGAUGUGCGGCCACCUCAGGGGGGAAUAAAGUGAUGCAGCCACUGUGCUAAUCCCGAAAAGCUGGUAUCUGUAUUGUCUGUAAAGCCCAGAAACUGGGAAAACAUUGUUUUCUUUAGGUCAUUCUCCUGUUCUGUACAGAAAACCCCUGCGCUGCUCUUAACUCUGUAGCUUUGUUCUUUGCGCUAGGACCAACUUCGUGGCCAUUGCUUUGCCGGGAGCUGAGGGAACGGGUAACAGGUGUGCACCCAGAGAUUCUAGUGAGUGGAUUGAGACAUCUCCUCGCCCCCUUCUCAUCUCCCAGGCAGGACAGCUGUGGGUAACAGUGUAGUGGUCCCUCAUUUCCCUCACAUUCGCCAUGGCCUUAUACAUUUUAUUAGAAAUAUGAUCAUCGGACACCUUCUUCCCGCCCUUCAGUAGUUCCAGAUUUCUGAGUGAUGGUGUCAGAAGGUGGGAGCUGCCAGACCUUGUCUCGGUCCAUCCCCUAGCGCAUGCUUCGAGAUGGUUGGCUUAGACCUUUCCAUUGGAAGCUGUGACAAGCAGCCAGCUAGCUCACCGCACUUAACCCUGUGUGUAUGAAGACCAGACCUGAUAAGUUAGAGAGCUAGGACCAUACCCAGCUCUCCCUUCCUCACAGGUGACCCCAGUACUGUAUGAGACACUCAGGAGGUGAGUGGUGCCUGCCUUCCAUGCCUGGGCAGCAUUUUGAUACGACUUUAAUUUAUAGACUGCAUUUGUUUUCUUCUGAAUGGAAGAGCCUUGUUUAAGCUCUUUUAUUUGAAUUGCCAUCUUGCUUGUUUAGAGCUUUGAAACCAUAGUUUCUUUUUUUUUUUUUUUUUUUUUUUUUUUUUUGGUUUUUUGAGACAGGGUU